AUGUCUAUUCUUCACAAAACGUCUGCUACAAGAGUGAAGAAGUCGUUGCACUCUCCGACUGGAAUCCUAGGGAGACACAAUACGAACGAGCACCACUACUGGGGAGGAGUACCGUCAAUGCCGGUUUUUCCUGAAGGCAGCAUGCUUUCAUCUUCAGACGAUAUUGGGCUUAAUAUGCCCCUAGACUUGGGAAACAUCAUGCCUCCUGUUGGGCAAUGGGGUCAUCAUCAACCAAACUGGUCAACCGAUCCCUAUAGCUUGGCUUCUGACUGGAUUCCGUCAGAUCAAAUAUAUCUGUACGAGGCAAACUCUUGCUUUCCUUCUGUUCUUACAGGUGAUGUUCCACCAGGCGCGAGGCAAGCCACUGAAAUGGGAAUCCCCCAGCCUUUUCAACCUAAGCAUCUCAACUACGGCGAGAACGAAUCUCUCUUUGCAAUAGAGGACCUUCCGGAUCCUCCAUGGGUAAAUCACCCAAACCUUCCAACUACAAGCAAACCUCCCCCAAAGACAACAAGCCACGAAGCUCUCUACUCUACGAAGGAUAUUCGCAAGAGCCUCUUGAGAUUGAAAAUGGGACUUCUUGAAGAUUUGGAGCUGUUCGAAACUGGAUCCAUGCUCCUUCAGUCUUCAUCCCUUUUUUACGAAAAUUCUAAUUUGGCAAUUGAAACACUCGACCUUCCGAUAUAUCGCCUUCUUGAUCACUCGUCUUGGCUUUUGGCAAUCGUUCAUUCUUCGUGUGGUACACAGGAAGAGAGUUUGGACAUUACACUUCCUACACAACGAUUUAAACCGGAGAACGUUGGAUAUGAUGACUCUUUGUUUGUUCUUCCGGACGCUGGCGAUAAUAGUUUGGAUGAAUAUGCCGCCACAGUAUCCCCACAUGAUUCUGGGUACCACACUACGACAACAUCUCCAGAUCGAGCGACCGCUCCCACUAUCCUGAAAUGCGAUAUAGCUCUGUGGCUUGGCAUUUUGGAGGGACAUUGCUCUCUAGUUCGUAUAUAUCGAGCUGUUUUCAUGCGACUGUAUCAGCUUUUUCUCGUCAUUCCUCCGGUUGAUGCAGCUACAAUUCUGUUGUUACCGAAAGUACGGUUCGGGCAGUUUCAUUUGGAUGGAAAUCUCAUUACCCAAGUUCAAUUAUUGGUUGAGUUCAGCUCAACGAUGCUAGGAAAGCUUGACCGGGCACUUAAAUUGCGGACAAGUUCAGCUCAACUACAAGAGGAUCGAAGGUUCGAUCCAUCGGAAUUAGUCCGCCAGAAGGAUUGGUCAACCUCGAUCCGCGACAUUGUCCUAGCACAAGAACAAGAUCCCUCCGAGAUGUCUCUGAUGGAAAUAAUGGAGUGUUUGCGGCACCUUGUUAAAGACCCAGCCGUUAUCUAA